AGGGAUUAUAAAACGAAGCCAAGACUUCGCUGCUUGAUGCGCAGCGCCGGGAAGUGAUAUGAAGACAUCGCCGGCGGUGCGAUGGCCAGGGGAGGGGUAGAUUGGGUUAGGGGAGUUAAAUGGUUCUCUUACAAGAGGAUAUUCAUCGGCGUCUGCUGUGUGAAUGUAUUUCUUUCUAUCUUCCUUCUGCGUUCGCUUUAUAGUUCUUACUUUGCGUCUUCCUCGUCUUCUACCGACCAAGAUGGUGUUUUUAGUGAAGAACAGAUUAAGAGAUUUGAAGAGUCGAUUCGGAUCCGUCAGGCAUUAGAACCUGUGGAACUUGUUAGAUUAGCUAAGAAGGUGAAGAAGGAAUUGAAGAGCGGAAAAAAGGGUUUCAAACUGUCAAAAUCAGUAAAUCAGAAAUUGGCGCUUGAGAUUCUUGCAAGGUUGAAAGGUUCGGGGUCUUCUGUUAAUCUGACUAAGCAGCGAGAAGUGGUAGAAUUGUGGCGUGUUGAGAAGAUAGAUGAAAUCAAGAGAUUGUCAGUUGCAAAUUCAACCAAGGAUAGCAUUCCUUCAAAAGCAACGAAGAAGCUGAAAAUAGUUUUGGAACUUCAUUGGCAGAAGUUCUUGGAGGGAAUUGGUUUUUGGCUGCCUUCUGUUGUUACCAACACUUUUCUGGAUGAUAAACCUGAUACUGCAGACGAGCUAGAAGAAGAAAUAAUUCCCGGGCGGUCAAUGCCACCCGAAUGUCAUACUGAACUGCAUACUGAUUAUGCUGGCGCUGCUGUGAGAUGGGGCCUUACUCACCACACAGAAAGUGCUGCAGACUGUUGCCAAGCUUGCCUGGACCAGGCCAAAAGUGCAAAACCUGGAGGAAUGAAGUGCAAUAUCUGGGUUUACUGCCCAUCAGAGUAUGGAUGUUAUUCUCCAGACAUUUAUGAACAUAAACAUCAAGAAUGCUGGCUUAAACAGGAUGAGAAACCUCGCCUGAGUUUCAAACAUAAGUACUCCGAAUCCUACAGGAGCUCUCACCCAACCGCACCGGUCGCCGUCCCGUGGAUGUCCGGCGUAAUUAGUAGAUGAAUUGGCCUCAUAACUUGGUGCCGAAACGCUACCGUUCCUCCCUGAAGGUUGGCCUUCAUUCAACCUCCACAAUCUUUUUUUUAACCAGCAAGCCCCCAGCAUUUUGCAAACUGACCCCUUUUUCUUAAGAAAAAAAAUUCCAGAAAAGUUUGCCUUUUGUGCAUGGGAGGCUUAAAACUCUUUGAUAAUUCUUCAGUUAAACAGUUUAUGAUUUAUAGAAAUAAUAUAUUUAGAUUUGAUGCAAUUUUGAUUGAACUUCUCUCUGUUCAUCAG